CAAAAAAUUAAAAUUUUUGAAAUGUCACUUUAAGUAAAUAUAAUUUCAUAAAAAUGACCAAUUACUGGCUAGCAGCUUUCACUUUUAGAAUAGUGUUUCCAAUUUUAGUAUUAUGUGUUGUCUACUUACGGCCUACGAUAACAACAUACAUUUAUCUGCUGAUGGCCUUCUACAUGCCCUUUUUCUCGGUGCCUACCGCCGUAUCCAUGACACGAGACACGGGAGUUUUCGUUAAAAGUUUCGUUGUUGUCAGUUUGCUGAUUUCUUUGUCCGUUUUUUGCUUCUAUUUUGUCGUGUUCUCCUCAAGCACGAUUGCCUACAACAUAGAGCCUUGCAGUUUUAUAGAAAGUGUGCUACGUGCAUAUGGCGUUGUUGACUUUCGUGACCUGCCAGGUCAUUCUAAUAUAGAUUGGUUGCUACCAGAACUUAUAAUGACAAUAAGUGGACCUGUCUUGUGGCUAAUAUUAUCAAAAAUGACUCAAGAAACUGUAGUGAGCAUAGCAACGGGAGAAGCUGACAUAGAAGAAUUGAAGGCAAUACAUAACAAACAUUUAUUAAAUAUUGCCACUCAACUAGGAGUUUUCGUCUGGAUCUUCCUGCUUUGCUUCUGUGCAGUUAUCCGGAUAUCGCCUUUCGGAGGAUUGUACUACCUGUUGUUUCUGGGUUUCCUAACGUACUGGGCAACGUUUAGAACUUUUGGUAGAGUGUGCGCCAAAAUAAUAGGAUGUAUUACACCGAUUAUUUUUAUACAUAUAACACUGAUAUAUGUGUUUCAAUUUAAGUAUUUCAACACUCAUCCUGGAAUUGGUCGUAUACUUAUCAGAAUAUUUAAACUAUAUCCAUAUAAAACGUCAGCUGGCUGCGGAGAAGGGAAUAAAGAUCCAAGAUUAUAUUUAUGGGUCAAACAGCGAGGCAUCACAAAUUUUCUACCUUGUGCUCUCUAUGCUCUUUAUUUGUUAUCAGUUCUACUGUCCCGUCAUAUACUGAAUGCCAAUGACGGUGUUCUAUCUUUUGUGGUGGCUAUUUUUCGAAGAGAACGAGGAGGACCUGCUGGAAAAUGGAUUUAUAUGAUAAGAAGAGUUAAAGAAAACAUUGAUUACCAACGAAGCAUUGCCGUCCUUCAAGCUGAACACACAACCUUUAGCAAUUUGAAAUAUAUAUAUGAAAGUGUUUUUUAUUUUGGAAUAGGCGCAUCUUAUCUAAUCGCCAAUUUUACUAUGUUGAUAUGGUCAAUAAUGUACGUAACUCAAAGAGACCUGAUUAUAUUUAUUUGGGCCAACAUAGUUUGGUUAAUUCCAAACGGUAAAGCCUUCAUGUUGAAAUCGAGCCCCUUUUUGAUCGGCUUUCUAUGGUUUCAUUUGAUCCUACUUUACACAUACUCCUCGAGGUUGACUCAAAAGUAUCUUGUAGACAGGAUAUGGUAUUUCAAAUUAUCAGUGGGUACCGAUACAACCGACAUAGGUUGGAUGCACCUCCUGCUUCAGUCUACUUUUGGAAUAAUCGUGUUUUGUGCCAUGAGACAGUAUUUCCACGAUAAACGGAAGAAAACAGAAAGUGAGCAAAUAGCGGACAUAAUGGGUGCGAAGGAUCACUUAUCCAAGGGGGAUUUUGGCAAGUUACUUAAGAAGUCCGUUGUAUUGUCAUCGACUGCAUCCAUUCUAUAUAAAUGGCUUGCUCUACUAUGGCUCUGGUUGGUUGUUAUACUGAUGAUUUGGCUGGAAUUCUGGGGUACAAGCAGCCUCUUUAAAAUCCUUUUUGUAGUACUGGCUAUAUUUUUGAUUAUGUCGUUUCAGUUGGUUCCCUUCGACUACUGGAAAAAAUGUCUGAGAGUUUACUGGUGGAUUCUUAUAGGUUAUGCAGGGGCAAACUUUAUAUUAUUUUAUUUGUACCAGAGUAACAUGACUCGGAGAUUUCUAUUGGCCUACAUCGCCUCAGAAAAGACGUUUUUUCAAUACGGAAUGAUUCAACGCAAGCUGAGUGAACGAUAUAAACCUCUUCUGUACCCGUUGUUUUUCCAACUGGCUGUAGUAAUCCAAAAGAAUUAUCUUCAGGAUGAUUUUGAUUUAUAUACUUCGCCAUACAAAGAAGAUGAGUUUGAAAGUGCAAAAGAUAGUAGUCGUUGGAUGAAAAUGCUGUAUUAUAGUAUCAUAGUGAAGAAUAUGGUUUUUCAAAUAUUGGAAGUGCAUUUUCAAAGAAUCCUUCUUUUGCUCGGAUGGUACGUCUGCGUUAUGGAUUUAUGCGGACUUAACCUAAUUUUCGCCAUUCUGCUCAGUGUGGCCUGCUGCACUAGAAGAAAAACCACGAUUACGAUAAUCUACGUCUAUUCCGUCUUCAACCAAAUACUUAUUAUACUAAGAUUGUGCUAUAUGCACCUUUACGGUAAACAUGCCCAAUGGAAUUAUUUAGGAGAGUUCGACAAAGGCAAUUAUCACUACAAUGUGACUCUAAACGGCGCCGAAUGGAUAGGUUUUGACGAAUCCAAAUACGGACACCGCUAUGCAGAAUUCUCUAAAGUUGCUUGGUCUUUUCUGUAUACCGGUGCCGUCACUUUGUUCCGCAUGGUGCAGAUAAGGCAGAUGAACUACCGACUGGCGAGGGGCAUGCCUGCCAAGAGACCAGACGUAAUAUUCCCCAACAUCGAUUACAAGAAUUGUCACGACAGCGCCGCAAAUAUGCUGAAAUUCCUUGUCAAUUUUGGCUUUUACAAGAUGGGACUUGAGAUUACUGCUGUAUUUGCCGCAAUAGUACUGUUUAUUAGGAUGGACGUUUAUUCAAUUUUAAGUUCCCUUACUUUAAUCGCAAUGCUUAUGCUUAAGAGAAAAUGGAUUAAAAAUAUUUGGUUCUUGGUAAUAUCCGUGUUGGCUUUUCAGGUACCUCUUCAUUACUUGAUGCAUAUAGGGUUCUAUCCUGCAUUCUAUGAUUAUACUAUGUCGAGUUACUGGACCGUGACCGACACUAGGAUGAGACUGCAACAAUUUUUUUAUCUAAUGAACAUGGUGCACCCACCUACCUACGAGAAGCUAUAUUACGACUUCGUAUUGUUGCUGUUAGUGGCCAGACAAUGGAGAACUUUCAAAGCGGAAAAAAGACAUGCCGACAACAGAGAGUUCCCUGGAGGAAGUAACGAAGAAGUUUAUCAUUUAAUAGACGAUCCAACUGUUGUCAAUCCUGUACCAGAUUAUAUCAAUAUAACGAGAAAUGCAGGGGAUGUCUACAAAUACGUUAUUUUUACGGGUUGGUUCUACCUGUCGCUGCUGUUUACGUUUUUGGCCGGCACAAUGCGGCCUACAAUCUACUCCUUUGGCUACAUCUUGUUCGCUUUUUUGCUGGCGUGGGAAGGACAGGACUUCUUCCUUAGAGAACCGAAAAGCAUUAUUUUUAGAUGGAAUAUGCUUAUAUUAUACAAUCUUCUGAUCAUGCUGUGUAGAUCAAUAAGUCAGUUAUUUGGUUGUGUUUUGAUCUAUGAAAUCAGUGAAGAGUAUUGCAGAAUAUUCAAGUUACUAGCUCUUGGAUGUGUGGACAAACUGGGAUCUUACGAUUUACCGUAUGUGGAAGAAACAACCACGUGUGUCACAUCUACUGCAGGUCUUGGGGCUGGCUGGGACACGGCCUGCUUUGCUUUUCUCAUUUUUCAGCAGAGAAUCUUCAAAUCUUACUAUUUCUUUCAUAUUGUCAACGAUGUCAAAGUGGAAACAAUUCUAGGCGAUCGAGGAGCCGAUCUUAUAGAAAACUAUAGAUCCAAGAAAGAAGCAUUUAUAAAGGAGGAACUUAAAAAUAUUGAGCAAAACAUGGAAGUAAAAUUGAAAAGAAUCCGUAAAAAUGAGGCUAAAAUAUCAAAUAUCAGAGGUGGCGAUUAUACGGACUUCGAUUACGUAGAACGACAAUUAAAUAUUCCCUUAUUACCAGAACCGGAUCGUCACGUAGAUGCCGAUUUUGAUCCGACGGAUCCCAUGGUUUGUUCUGAGUACCUAGGCUUAUUAAUUAAAACAAACAUUGUUACGGUACUUGAAGAACGGAAAGACAGACGGCACAUGAAAAUGGUCCUUAAAAACCAGGCGCAGAAGCAAAAGCAACUUGCAAUGGCUAGAAGAAAAACUGUUGAACGUAUAGCUAGUAAACUUGAUGAAGUACAGGGCGACCUCGAAGCUACUAUAACCAAACAUAUAAUGUAUUUUAUGCUGGCAUGGGGCUUAUUUGAAAGCCUGGUGGUUUCGUUUACGAGAAUUUUAAACAGUAGUACAAGAACUUUUAGACAAGUAAGCGCAGAAAUCAAUGAAGAGAAAAGUAUGAUAAGAGGGGAUCGACACAACCUCGUUGGCGAGAGAUUAGGCAAAAAUAAAGUUUGGUCUCCCACCAGGACUUAUGAGAACAUCAAACAGAACAACAAGAUAUUCAUUCAACCACAAAAGCAAGAAUUUCUAUUUUCCAUUUAUUCGAAACUGCUGAGGGCGAUUUUAUACGUGUUUCUGACAUAUUCAGAAUGGUUUUGCUAUGCUUGCAUUAUCGUAAGACACGUUUAUCGUUCAGAUUUUAUAUCUCUACCCUUACUGAUUAUGGUCUUUUGUUGGGGUUCGCUGAGCAUGCCGAGGCCAUCGAAAACCUUCUGGAUUGUUGGCAUCGCCUAUAUUUUGAUAACGCUCCUGAUUCAAAGUUUCUUCGUAAUGGACAUAGCCGACUGGAAUGUAGAUUCCUUUUCCGGUAAUAUUUUCUACCCGCCAUAUAUGAUAGGGCUACAGAGGAAUAUGAGCACCACGUUUGCCAUAGCAAUGCUGGUUUCCCUAUUCUUCCAUAGAGGAGUUCUACAGGUAUUGGGUCUGUGGAAGCCGCACCACUAUCGACCAACUACAUUGGUAACAGAUGGCAAUUAUUACUUGAAAGAUAAAACAUUAUUGAAUACGGAUACUGCAACAUCGCCACCUGAAAAAGUUUAUACAAUAGAUACCAGCGUUGUAAAACUUGGAGAUUACUUGCCGUCAUCUGUGUCGCAUGGGUUGCUAAAAUACGGCGAACAAAUGAAGAUGUUCAUACAGCAAAUGCUAUCACCUUCAUCUGCACAAGUUCCAGUAGAUGUCUACACUCCUAUGUUUUUGUGCGACCUGAUCAACACGAUUAUCAUGAUAUUCUACUUCAAUUCGUUUGGGUCUCUUCAUGAAAAGCACGGUAUCGUAGGUUUCAUGAUGACAAACAAAGUUCCGAUGGAAUUUAUAGUGACGUUUUUGAUACAGAUAAGUCUGAUGGUAAUAGACAGAUGGAUAUACAAAGGAAAACGACGAUUCAUCAAGAUCAUGUUUCACUUUUUCCAAGUUUUUAGUUAUCAUAUGUGGUAUUUUGUAAUUUACCCCAUGGUAACCAACAGAGUAUUCAGCGAGACGCCCCCUGUACAAAUUUUCUACGUUAUAAAAUGUAUAUACUUCCUGUUAUCCGCGUAUCAAAUAAGAAAUGGGUACCCCAUGUUGAUAUCCAUGCAUUUCUUGUGGCAUAGAUACGGUACAUUUAAUAGGUUUGCGUUUAAGUUUUACAAUCUAUGCCCUUACCUGUUUGAACUUCGAACUUUGCUGGACUGGACAAUUACGGAUACUUGCCUAGGAGUAUCUGAGUAUUUUAAAAUGGAGGACAUUACUGCAAAUAUGUUUGAUCAAAUGUGUGAAAGAGAAUUCGAAAAUCUGACCAGUAAAGAAUCAGGAAGGAAGAAGAAAAGGAAACUGAAGUAUACCAUAGGAGGAAUCCUCUUCAUUGUACUUACCUUAACAUUGAUCCUGCCAUUCUUAUUGUUUUCUAUAAGCGAUAAAGUAGGAGUAGCCACGAGUCCAAGUGUGGUGAGGCUUAAACUGUAUAUCGGAACUAUGCAGCCUAUAUAUGAAUGUCCCUCUGAUCAGCGCUCCUGGAAAGAAAUGACAGAUGAUCAUUACAUGAAUCUAACACGAACGUUCAACAUCGCAAAGUCUUCGCAAAGUAUUUUUGACCAUUUCAAGCCGGAAGAUGUCAUAGUUGUGAGAUGGCAAAGUUUUAGUUCGAAAAGAUGGGACAUAUCGCCUAGAGCAUACAAGAAUCUAGUCCAAGAGGUCGAAUCAUUUAAGCCGGUACAUAUUCGUCUGACGAUCGAAUACGUGCAUCGUGGUACCGGGGGUAAGAAACAGGAAAAAACUUUUGGUCAAUCGUCGUCUCCCAUAAAGGACAAAGAGCGGGCCAUUCUUUUGAAAAUGCUGACAGAUGAAUCGGCGUCCGAUCCGUUGCUGGUACCGAUGGUUUUCCCUAAAUUCUUGUCCAUCGAUAAAGAUGGAACGCCAGAACCCUUACCCCUUAUGGAAUUCAUGAAAUCCGAUAAAUAUCUGGGCAAAACGCACGGCGCAGAAGAUGAUAAAGUAGACGACGACGACGAUAUUCAAGCCACGUCAACUAGAUUCCGAAGCCUGCUUAUAGCUCUCGAAAGAGACCAAGGCAAACUAUGGUGGGAAAUACGAGAAUCUUGCGAAGAUACCGAUGAAAAUUACAAAUACUAUCUUAAAGGUCUCGUUCACAAUAGCUGCAAAUAUAUUGUAAUGUACCUUUUCAAUGAAAAAGUAUUUUCAUCAUCACUUUCACUACUCACGGAAAGCGGAAUCUUAGGAAUGUAUCUUAUCUACUUUAUGAUAAUCCUUGGACUGCUCCAGGACAUGACUAUAAAAAUUGAUGAAAUUUGGCUUGAAGACAUCGACAAUCCCGAGAAACUUCUAACAAAAUGCUUCGAGGUAUACUUGGCUAGAGAUAUGAAGAAUUUCGAACUAGAACAGGAAUUAGUGGACGAGUUGGUAUUCAUCAUGAGGUCUCCAGAUUUAUGCAUAAGAUUAUCUAGAGAUGAAGAAGACUAACAUUCUUUUAUUAUUCACGGUAGUUAAAAAAUUUUUGAAUAAUUUUAUAUUUUGUAGAUUUAAUUUCACGUGCGUUUUGUGAUAAUACUUAUCUCUUAAUAAAUCUAUUUAUAAAAUUAAACAAUAUGUUU